UUUGCAAUUCUAACAGCUGAUGAAAUGGCAUCGGAUGAAAUGAAAGCACAACGAGAGAAAUUCACUAAACAGGCCAUCGAAGAAUAUCAAAUGGCAGUACAGGAAGGAACUCCUUCAGAUAUGUUUAAGUGUGGUAAAUGUGGUAAGAAAAACUGUACGUAUACCCAAGUACAAACACGAAGUGCAGAUGAGCCUAUGACUACUUUCGUUUUCUGCCGAGAAUGCGGGAAUAGGUGGAAGUUUUGUUAG